AUGAAUUUAUUACCACAUAAAAGUUGGAAUGUAUGGAGUGCAAAGAAUAAAUCUCGAGUUGAAAGAGAUCAAGAACAACUCGCAAGAAAAGAUCAACUUGAAAGAAAGAGACAACUAGAUGUAGAUCAAGAAAGAAGAUUAGAAAUACUUUUAAAAAAGAAAAAGAAACUAGAUCAUGAAGAAGAACAAGAUGAAGAAGAAGAUGUAGAAGAUGAACAAGUCAAACAAGUAAAAGAAAAGGAAGAAACUCAACAUAUCAAUUUAUUUGUUGAUUUAAUUAAUCCUUCUCCGACUCUGACCCCUCCAACUCGAGGCAGUGAUUCUACUUCAAAAAGUAAUAAUAGUAGUAAUAAUAAUAAUAAUGAUAAUUCAUUUAGAUUAGGACAUGGAUCAUAUGAAUUAUCAUCAAAUAAACCUUGGUAUGAAAAGAAAUCAACAAACAAUACAACAAAUACAAAUACUACCUCUUCUUCUACUUCAACAACUACGAUUGUUGAAAAAGAAAAGGCUAAAAAAGAAAAGAGUGAAAAAUGGUUACAAAAACAAGAGGAUCCUUUAACAUUUAUAAACAAAUCUCUUGGCAAAUCAACUAACAAUAAUAAUAAUAAUAAUAAUCAAUCUAAAACAACUUCAACAACAACAACAACAACAACAACAACAACAACAACAACAACAACAACAACAAAUGGAAAAAAAAAGACAAUUGAAGAAAUGAGAAAAGAAAGAUUGGAAAGAGAAACAAAAGAAAGAGAAAAGAUUAGAAUUAUGUUUCCUUCUACUGCUACUGUUACCAAGACUAAACCAACAAUAGAAAUGCUGGAAAAAUCAAAAAGAGAUGAUCAAGAUAGUACAAGACAAUCAUCCAAUUCAUACAAUUCCCAAUAUUCAAAUUAUAGUGGUGCACAUUCAAAAUCAAAAUCUACUUAUCAUCAACAUCUUAAUUAA